ACCAGUUUUGUUUCUUCUUUCCCUGAGAAAGUUUAUUGGAAAGUUAAGUCGCUCCUGUAGGGAUGAAAUUCUUCCUGUGCUCUAUCUUCCUUCUUGGCUGUGCACUUGCAGCUUCUGCAGCAUCUUUGACCAAAAUUAUUGGUGGAGAAAAGACUAAGCCUCAUGAAUUUCCAUACAUGAUCUCUCUGCAAUGGGAUAAUGAAUAUCCUCCAAUGAAGCAUUUCUGCGGUGGUUCUCUCAUCAAUGAGUCAUGGGUUCUAACUGCUGCUCAUUGCAUUAAUGCCUUCAGUCCUGACACUGAGGUCGUUGCUGGAGCCCACAGAAUUGAUAAUCCCGAUAAGUUUGAGCAGAGAAGAUACCCAAAGAGGACUUUCAUUCAUGAGGAGUUCAGCGGGAAGGUUGGACCCCACGAUAUUGCUCUUAUUGAAGUCAAUGAACCAUUCGAGUUCAAUGAUCAAGUCACAAAUCUUUAUCUGCCAAGUGAAGAACCCUACUACCCAACUGGGUAUGCCACACUCACAGGUUGGGGCUCCACAUCUAGUCCGGUGUCAUCAUACCCCGGAGAACUUCUCAAGGCUGACCUACCAAUUCUUCCCGCGGAAAAAUGCUUCAAUGACUACCCAACAACUCCAUUGGAUAAAACCAACAUCUGUGCUGCGGAACCCGAUGGGUCCAAGGCCAUGUGCGGUGGUGAUUCCGGAAGUCCUCUUGUGCAGAAGAAUGCCAAUGGAGACGUUCAAGUUCAUGGCAUUACCAGCUGGUCUUGGAUGCCAUGUGGAGCACCAGGAAAAACCGGUGUCUAUGUCAACGUGAUGUACUACCUCGAGUGGAUUGAGGAAAAAAUUAAUUCUGAAUAAGUUUUUUCUCUCCUCCUUGCAUUGAAACGGCUGAAACUAAUGACUUUACUUAGCAACAUUUUGUUAAGAAUUAUCAGCUAAUAAUAAACUUUAAAUUCAGAAGCA